AUGGCCCACAAGGGUGGCUUUGAAGCCCUCAAUAGAACAUUAAAAGAUAUAAGAGGAUAUAAUAAUUUGAUGGGUGGAGUCACUGUGCUGCUAGCAGGAGAUUUUCGGCAAACAUUACCCGUUAUACCUAGGGGUACAAGGGCUGAUGAAGUAAAGUCAUGUCUAAAAGCUUCGUAUUUGUGGCCACAUAUCCAGAAAGUUGCACUUCAUAAAAAUAUGAGGGUUCAUGUGAAAGGUGACACAUCUGCUGGGAUUUUCGCUGAGAUGUUACUUAAAAUAGGAGACGGAAAUUUCCCUUCAUUGGAAGGUGAGAUCACUAUUCCCUCAAAUUUGUGUACAGUUGUUAGCUCUUUAUCAGAACUAACUUCCAGAAUUUACCCAGAUAUAAUAAAUAUCAAGAUGAAACCCAUCGAAUGGUUGUGCGAGCGAGCCAUCUUAACUCCAAAGAACGACAAUGCAGCCGAAAUCAAUGAAAUUCUACUAAAGGCAUUUAAUGAAAAAGCUGUUGAAUAUAAAUCUUUUGAUUCUAUGAUCCAAUCGGAUGAUGCUGUCCAUUACCCUUUAGAAUUUCUUAAUACUCUGAAUCCUUCUGGUCUUCCAUCACAUAAACUUAUCCUUAAAAUUGGAGCGCCUAUAAUGUUACUAAGAAAUCUUAACCCACCUAAAUUGUGUAAUGGAACUAGAUUGCAAGUAAAUCUCUGCACAAAAAUGUAA